AUGGAGAGGCCCGAUUUUGGCCAAGAGCCACAGCUGGCAGAAAUGACCUGCUGCUGUGGACGAAUCGAUUGCGCGCUUCUCAAGAGAAACUGCACCAUCCUAGAAACAGUGGAAAAAGAUGUUCAUACUGCUGCCCAACUUGGCCAGGCCCUACUCGCCCGACAUGAAGCAUAUAUGGCCGACGCUGAGAGGGACCGUCUCAGUCUUUCAUCCAGGAUAGAGCAUUUGGAGAUGGCGAAGCAGGAACUUGAGGCCGAGAAUGCCCUGAAAAUCGAAGAAAACAGGAACCUGCUCGACCAGCUUGAGCUGCUGAACAAUACCGUCUCCGAAUCCGAUACAAGGAUCAAGACUCUCGAAGCGAGCUUGCUCUCGUCUCAACAGGCCGUGCGAAAACUCGAAUCCGCCGUCCUGCGAGCCGAAGAUGCGGAGCGGCAUAUACAUCUCCUCGAACUAGAACAAGAUGACCUGUACCACGAACUGAGAUCAACCAAGGAGGAUGCUCGAUCUCAUGCUCAGCGUUGCAAGGAGGCGCAGCGUGGUAUCAUGGACAUGCAAGAUCAGUUAGAGCGAAUGGAAGAAGAGGCCCGUGAGGAACGUGAACGACAUGCCGAGGUCGUUGGACGAAUGGAACGUCAGCGACGGGUCGAGAAACAGUUGAACACGGCUGCGGGUCGUCUCAAAGGUGCAGCUGCAUCCAAGACACUCCAGGAACCGAAGCCAGGGAACCCAGUCGUCAAUCAUUUCGUCAGGGAUCUCCUCCAAGACAACGCCAACCUACAAUUGGGCAUGGCCGAGUUGCGGGAGAUGCUGCUCAACUCCAACGACGAGAUCCAGACCCUCCGAGAACAGCUUCUCGACCACCAACCUGUUAUGGACAGCAGAAACUCCACUCUAAAGGACGAACUCGAGGCUUAUGAGCCACCGAACACACCUCGAUAUUCCCAAGAGCUUCACAUCCACCAUCACUAUCAUGUCACGCCCAAGACCGACAAGGCCAAGGUUAGAAGGAAGCGGGCAAGCUUGAACUCGAGCGUGUUCUCGCCCUCACCAGCUUCAGGCGCAUCAACACCCCGAUCCUCCGCUCGCUGGAGUCUAGGCCCUGCCUUGCCUGUCGCUUCCAUCAACACCAAGGAGCCCAACUCUGUCAUCUCAAUGCCCAAGCAGAGAUGGUCCAUGCUCUCAGAGCAACCUUCCGACUUUGCGUCGUCUGUCCCCAGUUCACCGCGAUCGAACCAACGAAACUCACUGUUCGACUCUGCCUUUGGCGACAGCGACUACCCAACGUCACCAGCUACUAGCUUCGACCUCACGUCGCCCUCAUGGCGGACUCACCGUAAAGGACCGUCCGACGUUUCAGCAUUCAGUCUUCAAGCACCUUCCCUCCAACUCGACCCUGGCACACCACCUCCGAACCCACGUCAGUUCAACGAUGAUGUGAUCCACGAGGAGGAUGAGGACGAGAAAGACGAAAGUGUUUCUCGAGCAGUUACUCCAGACCUGGGUAACACGCCAUCAAUAGAUGAGAGCUCUGUAAUCGAAAGCUCAGAAGACAACAGAGACGACUACAUGCCACGCCCAAGAAUCCACCGAGCCCUAUCGCAUGAGUCCAUCAUGUCUCUCAGUGGGGGUCUCGAUAUCCACACCCUCAAGGCCCGGCCAAGCCAGCUCACACUCCGACCGCUUGGUGGCGCUGAAGCUGUCGUUACGGGUGUCAUAGCCCAGCCCACACUCUACAGAGGUGCAGCCAAGCGAAGCACUGCUGCUCUUCGCGACAAUUUCGCCGGCCUUCCUGUCGGCCGAAAUGUGUCCAACCCACUCAAUAGGCCUGGGUCCAAUAGAUCCUUAUCACCCGCUCCUUCAGACACCACACAGGGCUCUGCAGGAGGUUCUGCAGGAGGAAUAGGGAAAUGGGUUGGCUGGAGACCUUGGUCCUCGACAACAGCAAGCGAGAACAUACCCACGAGAUCUGCUGAAAAGUCCAAAGACAAGUGUUUCAGUCGGUCGCCUGGCAUUAAUCAGCCUGGUGCCAUUCCUGGCUUUCACCAGUACUGGGCAGCACAGCGACGAAAAGGUGCACCAGCUCAGGUUACCACUAUCGCUGUUGACCAUGAGGCUUUGGUAGAAGGACUGGAAGAGUAA